AUGAAGCUGCGGCCGGGCGUGCGCAACGGCGUGCUCCGGUCGCUCACGACGACCUCGCACCUCUCCGCCGUGGCGGUCGGGUCGUUUCUGUGCGUCCACCUCGCACCGCCCCUCGUCGUCGGUAUCUCCAGGAUCCUCUCUACCGUCGGAAUCGCGGGCUCGUGCGACGUCGAGGAUGCGAUUGACAACGCUAGCCGUAUCAUGCUGCUGGGAAGGGUGUAUUACCAGUCCAGCUUGACCGAACCGCUCCUCUACGCCUCGAUCGGUCUCCAUCUCGUCUCGUCGGGCCUCAAGAGGUUGUUGCUGGCGUGCACCACGGCCGAUUACACCUCCACCACCACCGACAGCAGCAGCGACGACGACGCAACGGCACCACCAUCGGCAGAAGACUCGACGACGACCGAGACCGCGACCGAUCUCGGCGCCAAACCGACCCGGUCCUCGUCCUCGUCCUCGUCCUCGUACCUCCCCUCGCUGCACACGGCCUCGGGCAUCGUCCUCGUCCCCAUCGUGGGACACCACAUUCUGCUGAACCGCCUCAUUCCUUCGCGCUCGACACCGCCCAUCUCGGCGCUCUCGCCAUCAGAGCUCGACUACAGCUACGUCUCGUACGGCCUCAGAUCCGCCCCGCUCGUCACGGCAGCCCUCUACCUCUCCCUCGUCGUCGCGGCCGCGCUCCACGUCACGACGGGCACGACCAGGCUCAUCGCGAGGUCUCGAAGCCAAAAGGCUGGGACCAGGCGCACCAGGCCCAGGACCAAACCGGGCACCGGCACAUGGACGAUCACGGCGGCGGUGGCGUCGCUCUUCGUGGCCGGUGUGGCCGCCCUUGCCCCGCAGCUAUCCGAAGACGGACAGAGGUGGAAGAUGGUCCGGGCCAUCGAGACGCGCAUCGCAGAGUGCUAUCGCCGUGCCGGCCUGCGUCUAUCAUGA